AUGGACAACAUCGACGAGGAAUAUGACCGGCUCGUUGAACACCUCCACGACUGUGCGAAGAAGGCUGAGAGUUUUAAAACGACCAGGAGACGCCUGUCUCUCCAAACUCUUGAGCUGAUACGCCAGCGUGGAGCAACACGAACCGCAGGGAGCCAAGAACUCACGUCCGAGCUCGCAAGACUUUGCAGAGAGGCGAUAAAGGAAGACCUUAAAGAGAGAAGAGCAGAAGUGCUGGCUGAAGCUGCAGAGGCGGGGAAAAGCAUCCGCUAUGCCCGUCGAGACUUCGCCAGUCGCAAGACGAGGAUGACUGCUCUCCGGAACCCGAAGGGAACAACCAUUGCAUCGAGAAGGGGAAUGGAGAAAAUCAUCCACGACUCCUACUCUGAUCUCUUCGACAGCCAUGUCCACUUGCCUCCUCACUAUCUGAGGGAAGAUGGACAAGUCAUUCUAGAGGUUCUCCCGUCCAAAGUACGACAUGAUAUCAUGUCGGUUAGAAAUCGUGCGGCACCCUUUCCCGACAGUACAAGAUCCGAACAUCUGAAGAAUCAUCAGCGAGACUCUUCACUCGUUACCUGA